AUGGCUCCAGCAGAUCAAACGAGGAUAAAACUGGCUGCUCUGCAAGCGAUCCUACCUAAAGACCCAGACGAACAAAAGGCAUACUUAUACGAAACAAUUCGCAAAGAAAUGGUGCCAGUUAACAGAAGCGACAUUGAAAGAAUCGUGUAUUACCUAACAGAGGGUAUCGAUCCUAAGGACAUACCGCCUUACAAUCAGCAUCUGCUGGAUAGAGCCGGACUGAAAAUCCCGGAAAAGUACCAAAUCCUUAAAUGCUUCAAGCAAAUGCAAUCGUCCCAUCUAUCCGAAGUAAUCAAGUGGUACUGCAUUUACAUGCGCUACAACAUGCUCUUUUACGUGCUGCAUGAUCCUGCCGAAUGGAAGAGGCUCAGGCUGGAAAGUAGCCCGAAGUUUUUUCCAGUGCUGAUGAUUAGAGCGCCCGUAACGUGGCAUUCCCAGUACUGCAUCAGUCGACAGUACUUGGAAAGGCACUACUUUAACGGAAAUAUCAUUGUAAGGAAAAUUAGGGAUUUGUGGUUUGAAAGAUAUAAUGAGAUGCUUAUUUUGCCAUUGACUACUCUAGUGAGUCAGUUCGCGUUGGAUCCCAGCGACUUUGAGGCCACAGUUGCGAAAAGUUGCGAAGCCUCAAGAAACAUCUUAGUGGCAAACUGGCUUCCUGAAUGUGCAGAUAUUUUCCUGGAAUUCAAGAAAAACUGGUGGCAGUACGUGCCGAAAAAAGCCACAGACUCUUGCGAUCUAGUCGACAAGUUUUUCCGCUGCGUUAACAUGCUGCUCAGCAAACAGUUGCGCUCUUUGGUGAUGAGAAGCCUCGAAGCCUUCAAGAAUCUCCUGGUCACUUUUAAGCAAGGAAACGACUAUGAGGGGGAAUAUUAUGAUCUGGCGUUGACAAAUUUGCCCAUCUUGAAUGUGGAGGCUCUUCCCAUAGUGGGAACCAACCAGCUGGUUCUGAAUCCACCACUAAACAGUGUUAAGGAAAUGCUAGUUCGCUGUUUGGAGAAAAUAUUGGAAGUGAAUAAGGGCAUUUUGAAGAUCGAAAAUAUCAUGUUUCCCGAAAAAGCGCAUCAACAAACCUACUUAUACUCAGUAUAUGAAAACGAAGAGCCGGUGCUGAGCAUUUUUGACGAAGUCUCCGAUGCCUUUGAUGCCAACUUGGUCGGGCCGGAAAAGUAUCUGGUUUUAUACGAUAAAUACGCGUACAUUUUAAAUGGCGAAGCCGAAAGAGAGUUGCACGAGUUUUUUGGGAUUGUGCCGUUCCCUUUCUUGAAG